CUAAGGUACGUAUCUCGUUGAUAUAGAGAUAUAAAAUGAAUAUAACACCUGCGUAUCAUAAUUAUCAUUAUUUGCAUACCGGUUUAUCAUGUUGUAAAAAUAAACUUGAUAUGAUCCUGUUUAACUUGUACAUUUCAAUCGGAAGACGCAAUAGGUCGGUUUAUAAAUCCUACAAUCCCAUCUUUUAAAAAUAAUAUAAAAUGGUUGAUGCCACUGAAAAUGAUAAGCCAGUAUUAUACUCAUACUGGCGAAGCUCAUGCUCAUGGCGGGUGCGUAUUGCACUGAACCUAAAGGAGAUUCCAUAUGACAUCAAGGCAGUCAGCCUAAUCAAAGGUGGAGGAGAGCAACAUUGCAAUGAGUACAGGGAAGUCAACCCAAUGGAACAGGUUCCUUCACUGUGUAUAGAUGGACAUACACUGGUGGAGUCUCUUAGUAUAAUGCAUUAUUUAGAAGAAACAAGACCACAAAGGCCACUAAUGCCUCAAAAUUGUCUCAAGAGGGCGAAAGUUCGUGAAAUUUGUGAGGUGAUAUCGUCAGGAAUCCAACCACUACAGAACCUGAUAGUUCUGAUCUAUGUUGGAGGAGAAAAGAAAAAGGAAUGGUCGCAGCACUGGAUUACCCGCGGCUUUAGAGCGGUAGAGAAACUACUCUCUACAACAGCUGGGAAAUAUUGCGUAGGGGACGAGAUCACCCUGGCUGACUGCUGCUUGGUGCCACAGGUGUUUAAUGCCAGAAGAUUCCACGUGGACCUGCGCCCGUUCCCGAUAAUUCUGCGCAUCGACCGCGAGCUCGAGAACCAUCCAGCGUUCCGCGCCGCGCACCCCUCCUCCCAACCUGACUGUCCGCCAGAGAUUGCCAAAUGAGUUAAACGUCUUGGACCCGAUGUUUGGCCAAAUAUUGCCAAACUGUACAAGCAGGCACUUUACUACAGUUUUUUUUUAUUUUCUGCAAAAUUUAUGGAAAUCUUUAAAGUUGGAAUUUGAUUUGAAUGUUAUGUUUGUCUUGCCCGGCAACUUCUUAUUGCAAAAUAAAAUUUUGAAAUGAAUUGGAGAAUAUGAUAAACAGGUAUAAUGUAAUGGAAUACAACUUGACUUAUUGUGAGUUUUAUAGGCCACACAAUAAAGCCUGUUUUUAUGUGCCCAUAAAAAUGGGAAAAAAAUCUUGCCAUGACUUCUGUAUUAUCCGUGAAUUCUUCUUUCUGUGACAUAUUUUCGCUUUAUUGCAUUAUGAAUUAUGAUUCUAAUAGGUUAUUGAAAUAGUUUUGAUAGAAUUUUGAUACAUUUUUACUAACAAAAAUUACCGUGCAUUAUUAUUUUUGUCAUAAAAUGUUUAAAUAUGCCUGUGUGUUUCGCCGUGUUCUUCAGAAAGUUGACAUACGAAAAAACACGUAUACAAUUAAUUCGGCUAAUACAUUUUCGGGUGCGUUUCUAUCACAAAUGUACGAAGAAUGGGAGGGAUACGCUAGGAAAAAAAACACCAAGGUAUCAGUUUAUUUUCUCAGCGUCGCCUUACCUAGCGCGGAGCCGUUGGGAAAGGGUAAUAGAAUAAUAUUACUCCGUUUAUCAACCUCCAUCGGUAUCCUUGUACAUUUGUGUUGGAAAGCGCCCUUAAUUGCUGUUUACUGGUGAAUACUUAUUGUGUAUUUAGUGGGUACUUAUUUUUUAAACAAUGUACCAAAACAUGAAAUACUUCAAUUGUAUUUGGCAUAUUUAAAUAGUUUUAUUUACGCCUUUUUUAUCGUCUAACGUAUGGGGUAAGAUCUAGUCGUAUUUUAGUUUUAAGUUAUCUCUCAAGGUUUUGGGUAAAAAUAAGUGUUAUAAAUGAAAUAUAUACAUUCCUUUAUUUCGAUAAGGAUUUCUUAUUAUAGUUUCAAAUUUCUAUGCGUUUUGAAUUGUUUUUUGUUUUGUAGUUUUAUAGGUAAAAUAAAUAUUUCUUUCUGGA